AUGGCGUCAUUAUGUCUUGGACCAGCAAAUGAUUUGUUGCUGUUCAAUACCAGUUUGUUGUUUUAUUACUACCUUCAGUAUCUAAUGCGAAGCGAACUUCCACUGUGUUGUGACCAUGGACGGCUCUCUUAUGGGAACCCAGCGACUCUUUUAGCAAGCGCAUGCCUAGCUUCACACCUGCAAGCUCACUAUCGAACAAGCACAGGCGAUUGUGUCUUUAUGGUGCCUAUUGGGGACUGGAACAACAAGUUUGAUAUGCUCAUUUUAUCCGAGGUUCAGCUGCAAUUCCCCUUGCUCAAGCCGAAUCACCAAACUAUUUCUGGUGAGUGCAAUUCAUUGCUCGUCCAGUCGACUGUUUCAAUACAGUGGCUGAUCAGCAUUCUCGUCCCAGCCUAG